AUGAGCGAGGCCGUGGAGAUGUCGCACGAAGAAGGGGGCGAUGCCUGUCUUUUGCUCGAAGCACUGUCCAACGAGUUGCUGCUGCAUGUCUUGGGCUUCCUCGAACUUGCGCCUGAACUCAACCGCGUCUCGAUGGCUUGUCGCACUCUCAACGAGCUCGCCCAUGCCCCGACCCUCUGGCGCUGCGUCCGCUUUCCCCGACUGGCGCCCCUCAUCACCCCGCCCCAACAUCGCAUCGGGUCGAGCAAAGCCGUCGGUGGAGCGGGCGACGAAGACGAGGCGUCGGUCUUGCACAAAGACCAACAAUCGCAGCAGCAGAAGCAGGAAGUGCAAGUGUUUCCCGACCUGUUGCUGCAGCAUGUCGUGGCGCGUCACAGCAAGGACGUGCGCGAGAUCGAUCUGUCGUUGGUGCCCUUCACCCAGUCCACCUGUCGCAUGAACGAAGACCAAGUGGGUGAGCUGCUGCGCGAGGUCUUCGUGCGGUGCACCAGGCUCGAGAGGUAA